UGUUUAUUUUAUGAGAUAAAAUACAAAUGAAAAUACAAACUCUGCUCUAUUAAAUUUACUUGAUUUACUUUUCUCUAGUCGAAAACAACUCGUGCAACUUUGACUACUUUCAUUUUUUCUACUUUAUAGCUCUUGAACUUGCUGUAUGACACACAGCGUGCAGCAAUGAAUCAAUUCGUGAAAAAAAAAAAAAAAAAAAAAAAAGAGAAAAGUUGAUGAUGUAAAACAAAAUUAGAAAAAUUAAGUUAGUGGGGAGACGGGGGUGUGCGAGAAAUUUACAAUCGCACAAUAAGUACCAAUGACCUACAAAUAAUGACAACAUUCGAACAAACACAGCUGUUUACUUCUCGCCCAUUGCCAAAUUCUUGCGAAUUGUUGUUCGCACUUGAAGCGCACGAUCUAGCUGUCAUCUGGGAGUAUCACGGUCACACGCGACACAUACACACACCCGUGUGACAGAGACAAAACAUCUUAUUGUUCGUCGUAGCGAUUGUUAAUUUUUCGUACCAUUCUUGAACAGAAUAAUUUUAUUUUCUAAAGGACAGACAAUAAUAAUAUAUAUAUAAUACUAUUAUUAUUUACAAACACUAAUGUAAUGAGGGAUGACUUCUUGUUUUCAACGAAAAUUCUUCAAAUCCAAUUCUAAGAAUUAGACAAUGCGAAACAAAUGCGGAAUGUUUCACGCAGUGAACAAACUCAAAAUUAAUUUUCCGCGAAAUGGUUCGAAUUGGCUAAUUUCUAUAUUUUGGGUUUUUUUUAUUGUGUAUAUAUUAAUAUUUUAAUUUACAAUACUAAUACAAUUUUGAUUAACCGUUGUAAUUCGUUAAAUCACACUUGUAUGUUAUAAAAAUUGCGCACAUAUGUAUGUACGUUUUACUCUUUAAUCGUAGAUAUAUUUAUUUUGAAUUGCAACGAAAAUUGGGAUCAGAUUUUCAUAAUGAACGUGUGUGCGCGCGUGAAUUUCUACUGAUUUUUCAUAUAUAUACGAAUUUGUAAUUUUAACAACGAACAAUACCAAUCCGGCGCGGCGAAGAUCCGGAGAGAACCGUUCCGCAACUUGCAAACUUGGCACGACACAAGAAUCACACAUAUGUGUUUGUCCAAAAAUAGAAUCAUACGAUUGGUAGCGAGUUAGGUUGUUACAGUGAACGUGUUUUUGCGUCGCGACGCCGCCGUCGUGUUCAACACGGGGAAUUCCGUUGAUGCCUCAUCGAUACAACGUGUCUGAGAAUCACGCGUUCAUGUCAUCCUGAGGUGUCUGCGACGGACGAUAAAAUGUGUGUACCAGCCGCUUGUCCAGGUGCGCGCUUACGUAACGUACGUAAACUAAAAAUAUGAACACAGAACGAUAAACACACACAGAAGAUGCGGAAUAUCACAAUAUAUCAUUCUUAGAGAAGCAUCCUGUGCGGCAUCUCGCGAAACAACAGUAAAACAACGCGCAAAACUGUCUCGUCGAGAACACAAACGCACAGGAUAACGAGAGAAAGAAAAAGAGACAAGCACGUUUCUUCGGAGUAUUUCGUAUAUUCGCGCGGGUCAUCUCCAACGUCGACGGCGCGCUCUUCCAGGUGGCGUAUCUCGUCUGGAUCGAAUUCCCCUGCUGCGUCGUCGCAAAACUCUAACGUGCGCGUUUACACACACUCCCUUUGCCGCACUCACCCCUCUUCGUCGCGGUUGCUCUGUCAAUCUCUGGUUGUCGAGCCGAGGAUAAAUGUGUGGUACGUGUGUAUGUGUGUGAUUAUUUCACAUUUGGGCUGAGACUCGCUCUCGUCGAACUUUGUGCGACCUCGAUUCGAUUGCAAUAUCAAGAUUCGAACAAAGUCAAAUUGAGUUGUCAGUUUGAGAAUGAAUUGCGAGUAGAAAGCACAAUCGAGGAUAAUCCGUCUCUUUACUGUGAUACAAAAUAACUGGAAGGGAGGAAGAAAUAGAGGGGGAGAAAAAUUGUUAUAAAAAACGUACCGAGAAGUGAUAAGAAGGGAACCGUGUUAUCGCUGAAUACUGAGAGGUGCGAGGGAAAAAGAAAGUAGCAAAAGAAUCGAGCGGAAUAGUAGAAGAGCAAUUAAUUACCACCAUGUCGCACACACGUCUGCGUAACGCGGUGAUCGUCGGCGGCUGGCCGACGAGGACGAUGACGGCGCCGAACAGGCAGGGUGUCAGUAACGGCAACGGUACGCUGAUUGGUCGAGCAGCAGGGACAUCUGAUAAAUCGGCGGUGGCGGCGGCGACGGUGUCGUCCACGCCGAUGCUGUUACAGCCGGUUAUUCCGUGUCGCGGGAUGGCGGCGAGCACGGCAGCGGUUGCCGGCGGCGGCGGUGGCGUCAUGCCCUGUAACAAGGUCCUCACCGAGAAAAAUGUGUUCGUGAAUUUGCGUAAAAUGGAGUACGCGGUGCGCGGUCCGUUGCUAAUCAGAGCGCUGGAAAUCGAGAAGGAGCUGCAAAAGGGCGCCAAGAAACCCUUCAAGGAGGUCAUUAAGGCGAACGUGGGCGAUGCCCACGCGAUGGGUCAGCAGCCCAUCACUUUCUUGCGGCAAGUCUUGACUUUGACGGUCUCGCCGCAAUUACUGAACGACCCGAGCUAUCCGGAAGACGCGAAGGCUCGCGCUCGCGCGGUCCUUGAGGGUUGCAAGGGUGGCAGCGUCGGUUCGUAUUCGGAAUCCGCAGGUAUCGAGGUGAUUCGUAAACACGUCGCGAAUUACAUUCAGCAACGUGACGGAGGUAUUCCUUGCGACUAUCACAACGUUAUCCUGUCGAACGGCGCGUCCGACGGCAUCAAGUCAUUCCUGAAAUUGUUCAACGAGAGAAUAGACGGCAAACCCUCCGGCGUACUAAUACCAAUUCCACAAUAUCCUCUUUAUUCGGCGACUCUGGCGGAGUUCGGUCUCGCGCAGGUCGGUUAUUAUCUCAACGAGGACGAUAAAUGGUCGUUAGAAGUCAGCGAACUGGAGCGAGCGCUGAACGAGAUGAAAAACUGCUGCAAUCCCCGCGUGCUAGUGGUAAUCAAUCCCGGUAAUCCGACCGGUCAAGUUCUGACGCGUCAAAAUAUCGAGAACGUCAUCCGCUUCGCUCAGAAGAAUCACUUGUUCCUUCUCGCUGACGAGGUCUAUCAGGAUAACAUAUACGACAAGGACAGCGCGUUCCAUUCCUUCAAAAAAGUUAUGACGGAAAUGGGCGAGCCUUACUCGAAAAUGGAACUCGCGUCGUUUAUGUCUAUCUCGAAAGGAUACAUGGGUGAGUGCGGAAUCCGCGGCGGUUACGCCGAAAUCAUCAAUAUGGAUUCGGAAGUGAUGAAGGUGUUGCUCAAGUCGAUCUCCGCGAUGUUGUGCCCUACCGUUCUCGGCCAGGUUGUGAUGGACGUUGUGGUGAAUCCGCCACAGCCGAACGAGCCGUCGUACGAGCAGUUUCAGAGAGAGAAGAAGGAGACAUUGCGUUCCCUCGCGGAGAGAUCGCAACUUGUCGUCGAUACGCUUAAUAGUAUUCCAGGAUAUAAGGCAAAUCCGCCGAUGGGCGCGAUGUACGUGUUCCCGCGUUUCGACUUGCCGCCAAAAGCGAUUGAGGCGGCACGGGCGAAGGGUCAAGAACCGGAUGUGUUCUAUGCGUUCAAACUACUAGAAAGCACAGGAAUUUGCGUGAUUCCGGGCUCGGGCUUCGGCCAGAAACCUGGAACACAUCAUUUCCGAACAACGAUAUUACCGCAAAAGGAAAAAAUCAAAACGAUGCUCGAAGCGCUGAAGCAAUUCCAUAUCAAAUUUCUCAAGGAGUACAGUUAAAUUCCACAUUAGCAACGAAGAUAAAAAAAAAAAAAAAAUAAUUACCAGAAAUUGAGUUAAUGAAAAAA